AUGUUAAUGGUACAAACUAACUCGCAACCGAUGAAGAACAGCAAGAUCAAAGGACCCCCUCCUGUGCCUCCGCGGCCUAAUCAGAGCGUGGUGGCGGAGGCAUUGGCAAAAACAAGGAAGGCUGUCGCGGAUUCGAAGGCUAGUUUUACAAAGAAUCGUACCUUUUCCAAACAAGAAAAUAGUUAUACAAAAGCUAAAACCUUGGAUAGGAGUAAUAAUGUGAGUGAAUCAACAGUGUCUCAAAAACAAAAUGGGUUGGCACGAGUUAAAUCAUUUAUCAGAGAUGUAAUCAGUGAUCGGAGCUCGUCAUCAGAUGAAAGAAAAUCAAGUGGUCAAAAUUCUAGAAGAAGUUCCAGUGACAGUAAUUCCAUCUCGACACCAGGCUCAAACAAAAAAUCAAAUGAAUCCCUUAAUUCAAAAGCAGUUAAAACAUGUAGACAGAUACUAGUGAGGUCGCUUUCAACGUCAAACAAAUUGGAUCAAGACGCAAAAUGUAAAGUCACAAAGUCUUCUAGUUUUGCCGAGAAGACACUGCCUUUACGAAAAGCACCUCCGCCACCAUUAUCACCAAAACCUAAGUUAAAACCAAUGAAGCCUUUACCUGUAAAUAAUUCAUUUACACGUAAAAGUCCCGUAGAGCGCUCAAAUUUACCUCAAAUUCCUGUAAAUGUCACACACAAUACUAAAACAUCUCCAGAAGUCAGUCCGUAUUCAUCCCCGUUAGAUGCGAAACCAGAUAGUCCAGUGUCAGAAGCACCAUAUGCCUCUGUAGCGGAAGUUGAAGACUUUGAUGACAGAUUACGGAAUAGCCCAUCUAAAAUCCCUAAACGUAUCGAAACACAACAAGAACCAGUGGUUGCACUAGAGCCAGUCAACACUAAGCUGGAAGAAAAUGUAAAUAUAAACAAUAACUCUUUGGAAAGAAAAACAUCGCGUGUAACAGAAAUGUUAAUUUCGGAAAUACUGGCCGGUAGAAAUAAUAAUAACAAAGACGAGACAAACACUGUUAUCGACAAAGGUAAAGAUUCUGAAAAGAUGACUAAUGGCAACGAUCCGUCAGAGAUAGAUAUGGAUAGGAUGAAGGAUAUGAACAACCACGAAAUGUUGAUAUAUGAAUUACAGACGAUGCGUUCGCAGUCCAACGUAGCAGAAAGUUUAGAGACUCCAGAAUAUAGAGACACGAAUGGACACUGUGACUCUGAGGAUUCCGAACAAAACUAUGCUAGGUCCUCAGUAACUAGUGGCACCACGGAUUGCGGAAACAUAGAUGAAGGAAACACUGACGAUCAGGCUUACGCGUACAUACUCGAUGAUGACCUUAAGUCUAGACUUCGUAAGCAGUUCCGCGCUAUCAGCACCAUGUCCCUCCAAGGAUUGCCACCUUUACCGAAAAGCUUAAGUGGCUUCGCAGACGGUGAGCCUGACCUUGAAGAUUCACCCUCACCGCCAACAGACAAACCAACAGAUCUGGACUCACAACUAGCUUACUUGAAGAAAGAAAUGGCAAGCCUACGGCAGCUUGACUUGUCUCUGCUCUCUGAAUUAUGGACCCUAAGCGAAGCGAUGGCAUCAUGGCGACGGCAGCUAGAACGAGGCCCGCGUCUACGUCCAGCGCCCCCUCCGCCACCACCGCCCCAUUAUCUCAGAACAUAA